CUCCUCCUAUGCACAUUCACGACUCCUGCACAGCACUUGCAACCCUGAUAGCCAAUCAGUCUGUACAUCCACCCCCAAUCACGCCGCCUCUCUACUCCUCUCCCCUGAGCUUUGCAUAUCCGCCGAGAAAAAACAACCAGGGGAAGACCACAAACCAGUGCAAUAGCGUCGGUCCCCAUACUCUGCCGCUAAGCAAGUAUAACGUGCCCGCCGUCACUCCCAGGACGCCGCACAGCACGAGGAACCACACAUUCAAGAAUACCCGCCUCGCCUCAGGCCGCAGAAGCACCGCAUUCAGCGGAUGCAUGGCUACAAAGAUGGCCGUGUUCACGAUGAUCGCGGCGCCCCCGAUAAGCACCAGAUACCCACGAGCGCCGCUGCUGUUCUGUGAGAGCCUCUCAGCUACUUGCUGCAGGUAGGCGGGUGUCGGCAAAAGUAGCACGCGGAACACCAGUUCCUCCACAAAGCAUGGCACCACGAGAGCCGCGGCGCUGCCAGCAGCUAUCCUCCAGGCUGGCAGGUCCGCAACUUUCCUCUUGAGGAUGCCUGUCGAGAAGCCAAUGGGCACCGCAAUGGCAGCGUACGCACCCACAGCGAUAGCAAGAGCACCCCAGUCGCAAGGCCGCGGCAGCGAGAAUGCUGGGCGGAGCUUGGAGGACCACAGCUGGUGGAGCCAUCGCACAAACGUCAU